AUGAGCACCAGCCACUUGAAGAAUAUCUCGUGCCGUCGCUGCCAGUCCAGAAAAAUUCGAUGCAAUCGAGUCGCCCCUCGAUGUGACAAAUGCGAAUCUAUUGGAGCCGAGUGUGCAUACCUGUCACGCAAGCCGCGAACCAAGAAACAAGGGAACGACGUCACUGAGAAUGGUGUUCUAUUAGAUGUUCUUCGCCGCCUCAAACGUCUGGAAGAGCACUGUGGCUUGGAGAAGUCUCCAGACAUCGAUGAACAUGCCGGUAGUCCGAUGUCAUUUUCGUCCAUCGAUUCGGGCCCCUCUAAACCUGUAUCCUCGGACAAGUCCCAUGCUCCGAGCAUGCCUGGCGUGAUUGGAGGUAUCUUGAGUCAUAUCAAGAACCCACAGAGUCGGGCACUACUUCUGUCCAAUGUUUUCAGUCACCUGCGAAGGGUCGAAUCGUGCUUUUUUGAAAACGAACGCUGCGUUGAGGCCAUCGCUGCUGCAAUGUCUGAAAUUGAUUAUCUGCAGAAUGAACAUGACAACCAGCCACCAGCGAGUCCCGAAAUCCCAAACGACCUUGCGAAGAAUUUCAUUCAAAAUUAUUACGAGAGUUACCAAUUCGAAGGAUUCAAAAUUCCCCUGGAAAAGAGCUUUUGCUUUCCAUCCCGGACCUACUAG